CCCGCCUCGGCGGCGCGCCAGAAGCCGGUGUCGGCGCCGGCGGCGGCGGCGGCGUCGCUGCAGAACACGCUGCGGCUGGGCGCGGGCAUCAACGUGUUCAGCCGGUACGGCUACCUGAGCAUCAGCAUGCGCGUGGUGCCGCGCAACGACUCUGACGGCGGCUGGCUGUUCCGCGAGCCCACCGUCGACGUCUUCACGGCGGACAGCCUGGUGGCGGCGCCCACGGCGGCGCUGCAGUCGCCGCUGGCUCCCGGCCGCGGGCCGCAGCCCGUCUUCCAGGGCGACUUCCACAUGGAGUUCUGCGACAACCUGAAGCAGCUGAUGCAGGCGUACUUCCGCGACUUCUCGGUGGAGCGCCUGGAGCGGCCGUGGCGCGCCUUCUCUGGCGGCUGGUCGCGCGCCUCGCUGUCGCGCCACCUGGGCAUCGCGUCCACGUUCGCGUCCGGCGCCGCCCAGCACUGCUACGUGCUGGUCAGGGUGGCCCGGCACCGCCGGCGCGCCGCCCUCGCCCAGGGGGCGCCGCUCACGCUGCUGGACGCCGUGCGCCACGAGGCCGACAAGGUGGUUCCGGGCGACACGGCCUCCGUGGUGAACUUCGUGCGGAGCUUCGGCAGCCAUUACGUGGCCGCCUACGUCACGGGGAACUCCCUGUACCAGGUGUUCGUGUUCACGCCGCAGAUCUACCGGCGCAUCAAGCAGCUGCUGAAGACGCAGGGCGUGUCGGACUUCAGCAACGAGGAGCUGUCCAACUACUUCUCGCCGUGGUACGCCGAGCACAUCGGCGCCAUCCAGUCGGCGAGCGGCAACGCGACGGUGGAGGCGUGGGCGGCCGACAACCUGCGCCAGCACUUCUACUUCCUGGCCUACUCGAGCCUGCUCAAGCUGCACGGCAACGCGCCCCUGCUGCGCCGCCUGGACGGGCUGCUGCGCGAGGAGGCGCUGCUGCAGCUAGACCUGCGCACGCUCGCACCCGCCUUCCAGGAUGCUGCACGCCGCCAGUGGUUCCUCGAGGUUGUGGACAACUACCUCAAGCUGUGGGAGGUCAACAUGUGACCGGGAGGUGAACACUCUCCCCCACCACCGCCCACGCCGGUGCCAGCACCCCCUGGCAAGAGCCGCACCCGCUGCGGCCUCACAGUUCCUAGUUACAGAGCAGGCAGAGGUUUUCCUCCUCCCCGUGAGGGGAAGCGGCCCUGCUGGAGCCCAUCUCGUGAAGACAUACCUGUUGGGACACUGCAGUUCCCUCAGAGACUCGAAGAGAGCUCCAGCUUCCGUAUUGUUUACCGGACGAGCUGGUCGAAAUCCAAAGUGUAACUGUCGACACCGAGACUCGUCCUUUCACAGCCAGCACCUGUUAUUGCAGCAGAACGAUGGAAGUGUGUGUCCUGAUGAAAUGCGACAUUUUGUGAUAUUUACGUAGCACAAAAAUGGCUACCAGAAACUGUACGAGAAGUAAACUUCGAAGAAGAGCGACCUGCCUUAUUUUUACUUUGACAUUUUCGUAACCAAGCUGUUUAUGUUUAUAUUUCAGUGCACUGCACUAGGUGAACAAAGACAAAGCGAAUUAAAAUUGUUCAACGGAGUGUGCUUUGAAAAUAUUAUAGUGUAUAUUGUAUAUAACUGUUUUAUAAGAAAAAAUCAUACUGGUAUGUGUAAUAUGUUAUGCAUUCCAGCAUGACAGGGAACUUCAUCUUAUGUACUUUAAGUACAUAUGUUGUAAAGUCCUUCAAUUUUGUAGAGGCACUGUACAACUAAAAGUACAAUCAAAAGACAUAAAUAAAUUGUAUAUUUUGGUAUGUACCUGCACAUAUUUAGUUUCUUAAUUGAGAUGCUUGCACUUCAAUUGUGUUGCUUUUAUAGAAGGAUAAUUUUGAGUAUCUCAAUUUUCAAAGGCAGUAAUACAAUACUGUCAGGUUUGUCAAGCCUCACCGCAAUCUGUGAUGUAAACAAUCCAACAAAAAUAAAAAGUAUGCAAGCAGUCUUA